AGAUUUUUCAUGUAACAUAUACUUCAGAUUCAACACCCUCAGAAUUGUGGAAUGAAUUUGGACAGUGGGCAGGUUUUGAUAAGGUUUCUGAAUUUAGAAAAAAAUUUCGCCACCAUUGUCGCCGUAUAUGGACCAAAAUUAACCAUGCUCCUGAAUACAAUGGCCCUGAUGUUCCUGAAUGUGAUGGUUCUGAUAUUUCUGAAUGCGAUGGUCCUGAACAAGAUGGUCCUGAACUGUUGACGCCAGCACUUGUUCGUUUUCGUGGUGUUCAAAUAUACGCUUGUUAUGGUAAUCAAGUUUUACUUGCAAUGCCUAGUCUGUUUUUGCUUGCGAUGUUUGGUCUUGGUGGUGGUCGUGCUAAGCCUGCGAUGAUUGAUUCUGAUGAUGAAGCUGUGCCUUUUUAUGAUUGA